AUGCACUGGAUCCGACAGCCUGCAGGAGAGACGCUGCAGUGGAUGGGGCUCAUUUACUACGAUGCAAGUAAAACAGUAUAUAGCAGCAGUUUGCAAGGACGAAUAGAAAUCAGCAGAGAUAACAGCAAGAGCAUGACUUAUCUGAGUCUGCCCGACCUGAAGCAAGACGACUCUGCUGUUUAUUACUGUGCUAGACACCCACAGUGUUUGCAGGAAGAGAUGAAGCUCUGCAAAAACCUCAAAGUAUUCAAACCUCAAAACACCACCAGGGGGCAGAAGAGCAUUAACGAAGGAACCACCAUGGUGCAGAAUAAAGUAAAAAAAAACUGA